AUGCUGAACGCAAUUUCAGGUCCAGCAAUGGCAGUCUCGUUACAACAACAGCAACAGCAACAACAACAACAGCAACAGCAGCAACAGCAACAUGGAUUAUUGGGACACCAACAUCAGCAGGGCAUGUUGCAAGGGUUACCACAUACCAUGAAUGGUGCGGUUGCUGCUUCUCAAUUAGCAAUGCAACAACCAGGCCAAGCGUCAGAAUAUGGCAAUGAACAGGUACCAGGACAAAGUCAGUUGCCGAUAGAGGUACGUCCUCAGGAUUUGUUGCCGGUUAAACAGCCUUUGAAGCCUCUAGAUCCGUUGUCUCAGUCCACAGCAGAGACCUGGCUGUCCAUUGCAUCUCUGGCAGAGACUUUGGGCGAUGCUGAUCUGGCUGCAAUGGCAUAUGAUGCGACUUUACAACAUAACCCAUCGUCGACAAACGCAUUGACAUCGUUAGCUCAUCUAUAUAGGUCUCGUGAUAUGUUCCAAAGAGCUGCAGAGCUUUACCAAAGAGCUCUUUCUGCGAACCCAGAGCUGGGCGAUAUAUGGGCUACUCUUGGCCAUUGUUAUCUAAUGCUUGAUGAAUUACAAAACGCAUAUGCAGCUUAUCAACAAGCCCUUUAUCAUCUAUCAAACCCAAACAUACCGAAACUAUGGCAUGGAAUAGGUAUUCUAUACGACCGUUAUGGAUCUUUGGAUUACGCAGAGGAAGCAUUUGCCAAGGUUUUGGAACUUGACCCACAAUUCGAAAAGGCAAAUGAAAUUUAUUUCAGGUUGGGUAUCAUUUACAAACAUCAGGGGAAAUGGAAUCAAGCCUUGGAAUGCUUCCGUUAUAUCCUGCCUCAACCUCCUGCUCCGUUACAAGAAUGGGAUGUCUGGUUCCAAUUGGGUAGUGUUUUAGAGUCAAUGGGUGAAUGGCAGGGAGCUAGGGACGCGUAUGAACAUAUCAUAUCACAGAACGACCGCCAUGCAAAAGUCUUACAACAGCUCGGUUGCCUAUACGGUAUGAAUAAUGUAUCAUUUUAUGACCCACAGAAGGCUCUAAAUUUACUUCUCAAAUCUUUGGAAAUCGAUUCUACUGAUGCUACUUCGUGGUACCAUUUGGGUAGAAUUCAUAUGAUCAGAAAUGAUUACACCUCUGCAUAUGAUGCCUUCCAACAAGCCGUUAACCGCGACUCAAGAAACCCAACAUUCUGGUGUUCCAUAGGUGUAUUAUACUACCAGAUUGCUCAAUAUCGUGACGCCCUAGACGCUUACACCAGAGCAAUCAGAUUGAAUCCUUAUAUCAGUGAAGUGUGGUACGAUUUAGGUACUCUAUAUGAAACUUGCAACAAUCAGGUCAAUGAUGCAUUGGAUGCAUACAAACAGGCUGCAAGGUUGGACCCUAACAACGUUCAUAUUAGGGAAAGGUUAGACGCCCUCACUGCUCAAAUAAUGAAUCAACACCAAUCGGGCGAACAGCAACAACAGCAACAACAGCAACAGCAACAACAGCAACAACAGCAACAACAGCAACAGCAACAGCAACAGCAACAGCAGCAACAACAGAAGAUUGAAUACAAUCAGCAGCCUGCUCUUCCUUUACCAUCUCAAUUACAGCAACCCCAACAACCAAACCAACAGCCACAACAACCAGUGAUGUUACAACCAAUGCUGCAAAACAACACACAAAUGUUCAAUCCUCUGAAUGACAAGCAACAAAAUGGCCAGGAGCAACAAUAUGCUGUCCAACAGUUCCAACAACAGCAACCUAUUCAGCACACUAAUAUGCCACCGGUUCUUCAAAGAGUUGAUCAGCAGCAUCCACAAGUUGUGCAGCUACUGCAUCAACAGCAACAACAAGACCACGAACAUCCACAACAAUAUCAGCAAUCCCUGCAAACUCAACAACAACUACCACCACCACAAACCCAGCAGGUGCAACAAGGACAGCAAGGACAGCAAGGGCAGCAAGGACAGCAAGGAUACCAAAAUGGACAGGAACAAUCGCUUCAAAAUACCACACAAGCCUCCCAGGUCACACAAGCUCAACAAAUCCCUCCGCCACCCCAAGUGCAACAAACCAUUCCUCAAAAGAGACCUUUGGAGGGGGGAAUGGAUACAUUGUUCAACGCUAUCUCACAACAAGAGCAGGAGCAACAGAAGCAAAAGGAGGCGGAACAGCAGCAAACGACAGCACCACAAGUCACGACACCCCAAGUUACGAACACCGUACAUAGUACACCUUCCGAGCCAAAAGUCGAACCUAAUGAUAACAACCUUGGCAUCGUCAACGAUACAAACAGCACCAUUGCACCAGCUACGCAAAAUGCUGACACAACUACCAUCGUACCAGCAGAAGGAAAGCAAGAGUCUGUACAAGUUACUGAGGCUGAGGGACAGCAACCACAAGAAUCUCAGGCACCUGCUGGUGAACCUGAAGCACCAACCUCAGAAGCUAACGUUGUUGAAAACACAAGUGCCACCGAGAAUCAUAAUGGAGCAGAACCUGCAGUAGCUAAACCUGAGAUAACGGAGCAACACGCCAUUGACACUCCUGCUGCAAAUAACCUACUCAAAGAUGGCUUCUCUGACAGUCAACAAAAGAUUAAUGGAGCCCAGAAUAAAGAUGCCUCCUCUGAAACUGUCGUUGAGCCUGUUACGAAGAAACAAAAACUGGAUACGGAAGAAACCGUAAUCAAGCCAAGUGCUGAUGCAAUUGAAAGCAUAAAGGAGCAGGAGAAGAUUCGCCAAGAGGAGGAGAAUGAAACUCUGGAAAAAGUCGAAAAGAGUGCGGAAUCCAUUCCAAAGGAAAAAGUUGUGAGACAAGUCGAAGAAGACGAUGAUUAUGACGAUUGA